AGCGCUUCCAAGGCGACCUGUAGUACCUCCCUCAGCUCCCUGUCACCUUGCAUGCUAAGUUUGGAGCAGGAACUUCCCAGGUCUACAAAAGAAGCUGCUAGACAACAGAGACGCCCAAAGAUUUACAAGGAAGAAUCACGAUAGAACAACCAAAUCAACUGAUGUUUCCACCCUUCGAAGAACUUUUUGCAUCAAUACACCCUAUAUGUGACACACACUAGUGUUAAUCAUAUUUUUAAGGGCAUACAAAACCAAAAAAACAGGUGUUUUUAGUGAACUAUAAAAAAAAGUUGACAGAUUUGACUUGGAGAGAUGCUGAUAGAGUAUUUUUGACUAUACCAGGACGGUCAUUAAGAGUCCUGCUCUGCUGUGAAUUCAAGGAACGAACCAAUGUUUUCUUCUAAGAAGGAGAACCUGCCCUCUCCCAUCCUGGAGGAUUCUUUCUUCCCUUUCUCUUCAUCUCACUCCGGCUCCAGCCACCGGAUCAUGGCUCCUACUAUGGGAGUGGAUGAUCUUCUGGCCUCACCCCAGGAUGACAGAAGCCCUACUUUGCUGGAAAAGGACCUGAUCUUGGCUGCGGAAGUGGGUCAAGCUUUGCUGGAGAAAAACGAGGAGUUGGCCUCUCAGAUAAUGCAGAUGGAGAGUGAGAUGGAGGCUAUGCAGCAGGAAAAACAUAUGGUGCAGCGCCGUCUAGAGGUGCGGGACCUCGAGGCAAGUCAGCGGGAAGCAGAACUCCAGGCUGACAUCUCAGCGUUGCGUGCGCAGUUAGAACAGAAGCACAUUCAGGGUCGUGACCGGCGGCGCGAGGAGAGCGAGCAGCUCAUUCAGCUGUCAAACCACAACCAAAAACUUGUGGAACAGCUGGCAGAGGCAGUGUCAUUAGAGCAUACUUUGCGCACUGAGCUUCGUACUUUGAGAGAAGAAAUGGAGGACACAAGUUUUAGCAAAUCCAUAAGCUCUGCUAGGCUGGACAGUCUGCAAGCAGAGAACCGAGUUUUGAAAGAGCGUUGCACUCAUAUGGAUGAACGACUGAAGUCAACUCAAGAAGACAAUGAGCGGCUGAGAUCGGAGAGGGAUGGAUUGAGAGAGAGGGCGAUUGAGCUUCAAACCAGCCUUAAAGAUAAAGAAACAGAGCUGGAACAGGAACACAGCACUGUGUUUCAGCUGCGUACGGUCAACCGGACCCUACAGCAAAGGGUUCAAGCCUUGGGAGAAGAGGCCAGUCUGGGGGAGGCCACCUGCUUCCCUUUGUCCCUUCAGAGUGAGAUCCAACAGUGCCAGGCCAAAGAAACCAUUUUGGCUCAUUCCUCUGUUCUGCGAGAAAAAGAAGAAGAGAUUCAGAGGCUACAAAAAGAGCUACAGUCCAGAGAAACUGAAUUAGAAGGGCUGAGGGAGGAGGUAAAGCUGUUUCGUAACAGUCCCGGCAAACCUACUUACAAAGCCUUGGAAGAGGAAAUGAUCUUGGCUCGGCAAGAGCGUGACGCUCUCAACCAGCAGCUUCUGAACACCAUCAGGCACAAGGUGGCACUGUCUCAAGAAGUUGAGUCUUGGCAGGAGGACAUGCGUUUGGUGAUCUGUCAACAGGUACAACUCCAACAGCAAGAGAAGGAAAAGGAAAACAACAAGGAACGGACAGGCUUUCAAAGAGGCACUCGCACCACCAAGUCACUGCGUCUCCGUGGGGAAGAAGGAAGGAAAGGGUUUUUCUCUGCUCUGUUUGGGGGCGACUGACAAAAAGCGAGGUUUCUUUAAUGGCAGUUGGCAUGUAAUCUUUAAAAUCACUCUGAUUUGUAAAUAGAAGGAAAUCAAAUGUAUGUACUUUAUAGCCAAAUUAUUGCAUAUUUAUAUUUUUCAAUAUUUAUUUGUAACUUUAAAAAAAGAACACACAAAAAUAAACUGAUAGCAUUUAUUAUUGUAUUUCUCAGUCUUUUACUGAAGGGGUUCAUCUUUUUUAACCAUAAUAAAAAAGGGCCCAACCAUCCAAUACAGCAACAUUAAGCAUUACAGUCUUUAUGUAAACAUAGCUUUCCCACUCUCAAGCCUUCAAUAGCUGUCAUAUAUGAAGACAGAAGUGUACCCCAAUAUGAUAAUAAUAUUACAGAUUUGAUUAUAUAAUGUAGCACCUUAUGAAACAUUCACAAAAAUCGCAAAAGCACAUUCAUAUGGAGGGAGACAACAUGAAAGUGAACCUGACAUAAUAAAACUUUAGUGAAUAAUUGUUGUCAUAUGA